AAGUGGUUGAGGGGUUCUGGAGGUCCCUGUUUCUGUCCAGAUCUGGUUUUGUGUGACAGCGGGUGAUGGGGGGAUGUGGGAUGUGGGAUGGAGGUUGAGCAAGUUAUUAUUCAGCGGGCUGGCCAAGCCCUGUUAUUGAGGUCCAGAUAGGUCGUAUUUCUGGUCGAGGACUGCUCGCUUGUUACACAAACCGGCUCGCGGGGGUACACGGUAAAACAGAUGGCGAUGCGAGAAACGAGGAUGAUGGAUGGUUCGCAGGCGUCAGACGAGGUUCUGUGCUCACAAUGGCUUUUUGAUUAACGACGUUCACGACUUGGCGACGGGUGAUGGAAGGAGAGAACCUGCGGGGAGGGAAGUUGAUUUCGAGCGGAUAAACUAUGUUCCGCGCCGACCACUUCUUUGACGUCGGUUUAUCAGUAGGAGCUUCGCUUUAAUACAAUGCAAUGGCAUCAGAUUCAGAAGAAGAAGCUGGCAUUGGCCUGUUCCAAGAACCGGACGACUUCUACCCGCCGGAAAAGGAGCCAACAUUUGCCUCACACCGAUUGCUCUCUGGGAAGGACUUGAGCAUCAGACUCGUAGGCCAUAAUCCGCUCUGGGUAAGGGACCAAGCUGUUUGUGCAGCAUGGAAGGCGCUCGUGGACCGGAGCAAAGGUCAUCACCUCUGGAACGCUGGCCGUACCAUCUCUCACUACCUGGAGGAGCAUGCCGAUGAUCUAGUCAGGGGCAAGACCGUUCUUGAACUGGGAGCCGGUGCCGGCCUCCCCAGCCUUGUCUGCGCUUUGAAUGGCGCCGCUCAAGUGGUUGUGACGGAUUAUCCAGACGCCGACUUGAUAGAGAAUCUCCGCUAUAAUAUUUCACUUUGUGAAUCUCUGCCAUCCCCUCUGAACGUUGUUGCUGAGGGUUAUCUCUGGGGCGCGGGUACCGAGCAUUUAACCAAACAUAUUCCGGAUGCCGCAGGUUUCGACGUUCUGAUUCUGGCCGACCUUCUCUUCAAUCAUUCAGAGCACGAAAAGCUAGUGAAGAGUAUACAGCUCACGUUGAACAAGUCGCCGGCAUCUACCGCCUACGUCUUCUUUACUCCCUAUCGUCCGUGGCUAUUGCCGAAGGACCUCGCUUUCUUCGACCUCGCGCAAGCUGCAGGCUUUUCCGUCACUAAGACAUUCGAAAAGAUCAUGGAUAAGGUCAUGUUCGAGGAGGACCCUGGGGAUGAGCUCCUACGGCGCACCGUUUAUGCUUACGAAUUGAAGUGGGCAGCUGGUGGGUCUUGAUCAUAGCAGCUGGCGGCCGAAACCAUUCCGACGCCUCAACUGCCCUAAGGACACGCCAGCAAGGACGGCUUGCCUAACGUUCAAAAUAUGGAUGCGGCCUUCUGAGUUCGCCCGACUCGUCGAGCGUCCUUACAUUGUGCAAGUGGCACUACUCCAGAUGGUAGUAGCCUUCUACACAAUGUUCGCACACUGGUCACCGA